AUGUCUAUAUCGUCGACUUCUGGAUCUCUACAUUUACAUCUCCCACCUUGUAAAAAGGAACUUCCAUCGCUUUCUCCAAUCUGUUCAAGUUGUCAGGAAUUCCUGGAUUCUUACAACUUUCAACAAACUAAUAGUUUAAUUUCUGCCGAGAUUUUUUCUGAGCUACCAACUCCUCCUUUGGUGGAAAAUUGCUUUUUAUGUUUACAGCUCUUGGGUUCAUGCCUGGUUGAAACUGCAGAUCAAGCCAAUUAUAUCAAUGCUCUGGGACUCAGUCCUCAACCUGUUUUGAAUAAUUCAUCUCAGUAUAUGGUAUUGUCUCAUGACUUGCAUCGACAUACCAUUACGAGAGUGUUUUUCUCUGGCUGGCUUCCCACUGAAGAGGAAGGUGAAAAAACGAGCAGUAUAUCUCGAGACCUCGCGGUAUACUCGCGAAAACAACUCGCUGGCUUAGAGAGUUUUGUCUCAGUAGCUUCUUCCACAGGCUCUGAUGAGAGUUUGAAUCUUUCCAAACAAUGGUUACAAAACUGCAAUGAAAGCAAUAUUUCCUGCUUACGCAAAGCUACCACGUACCCACGUUUUCUUCCUACUCGUCUCAUUGAUAUCAGAAUGGAAGAGUCAGCGAUCACUCCACGGCUUUGUUUAAGAAAAGACGUUCCAUUAAAUUCAGUCUACUUCACUUUAAGUCAUUGUUGGGGGAAGACUAUGCCAAAAAUUACUCUUCUUCAGUCAAACAUCGAGUUUAUGCUUCGCGAGAUAAACUUUUCACAACUUUCAAAUGCCUUCCAAGACGCAUUAUGGGUAGUACGGAAAUUAGGAGGACGAUAUAUCUGGAUUGAUUCAUUAUGCAUCGUUCAAGAUUCCGAGACUGAUUGGUUAGUAGAAUCCGCCAGUAUGUGUGAUGUCUACUCGAAUAGUUACUGCAAUAUCUGUGCGACAGCUGCGAGGGAUGGUAGUGAAAGGAUGUUGCGUGAUAGAGAGCCAUUACAGGUACAGCAAGGUUGGUUUAAAACAGCUUGCGAUGAGGAAGAUUACUGUGUCAUUGACGAAAAUGAAUGGGAAAAUGAGGUGGAAAAUGGCAUUUUAUCCUCUAGGGCUUGGGUCUGCCAAGAACGCCUAUUGUCUAGACGAAAUCUUCACUUUGGCUCUAGACAAUUAUUUUGGGAGUGUCUAGAUCAUGAGGCUUCUGAAACAUUUCCUAAAGGAACUCCACAAGUCAUUAGAAGCUCCGGUGUGAAACCACAGCUCAAGGUACUUGUUAAUGGCAUCGACAAACAUCAAUCAAACAUAACUUUCGAAGGUGGAAAAAUCUGGGAAAAUAUCGUAAAAUUGUAUAUGAAAAGUAACCUAACUUUCAAAACGGACAGACUUGUUGCAAUCGGGGGAAUGGCAAACGCAGCAGCUCAACAUAUAGGGGAAAAUUACUUAGCGGGAGUAUGGGAAAAACACCUGAUAUAUGGUAUACUUUGGAAUGCUCGACAAUACCCAUCCAAUCUUUCCAAAUUCACCGGAGCUCCCCUAGAGAAGCAUGAAUAUACCGCCCCCAGCUGGUCUUGGGCCUCUUUUAAUGCAAGAAUAGAAUUUCCUCCAAGAAUCCAUAGAAGUGUAGGUAUUGAGCAAUUUUCUCAGAUCUUGGAAACACACCUGGAUCUAGCAAUCGAUAGCCCAUAUGGGAAAGUAUGCGGUGGAUAUAUCAAGCUCAAGGGAGAUGUCACUUCCGCUACUUGUCGCGCAGGAUUUUCCGGAUUGCCAUAUAAUAGCAAUUUUGAGAUCUUCUUCAGACGAGAUGGUACAGAAUUGGAAAGUCUUCGGUCGACAAUCACCUAUAGUGACUUUGAAGACAUGACUGAAAUUGACCGCCAGGAAGUGUAUCUUCUUCCUGUCUGUAAGUUCCCUUUGUGGCGUGAUGAAUGGCAGGCUAGGGGUCUCGUACUAUUUCCGACUAACAGAGCGAGAUGGGAGUUCCGAAGGUGUGGUAUGUUUAUCUAUAAUAUUGAUGAGGACCACGAGGCUGUGAUGUCUAAAUGCAAAUCUUUCAGCCGCGAGCAGGAAAUUGAAUCGCCCGAAUUUGGUCUACAAGAUGACGGACAAUUUAUUAUCAAGAUCUUUUGAUAACCGGGGUGGUUUUGGCAUACGUAUUUAAGUUCAAUUAGUUUAUGAUGCGGCAAGUCAUUGUUAAAAUAACUGUGCUUUAUUCAGUAUUGCUUGAA